GGGAAGGGAAAGGAAGAGGCCGCCUCGGGCUUUCCCGCGGGGAAAGAAAAUUACAGCCACAGCUGAGAGCUUUUUGUGUUUAUGUGGCAGCCAGCUAAGCCCUGGGCAGUCAGGUAGGCUGCUGUGAGCUGGCCUCAAACAGCCCCAUGCGGAGAGACCUUCUGAAGGAGUAAAUACAUUUAAUACCGCCUAAAAAUACAUUUCCUCACUCUGCAUUUGGUAUCCUCUUGAAUUUUGCAGUUACAAGCACCUCAGGAACCUUUACUUACCGAAAUGAAACACAAUCUGGUGUGUCAGACACCUCCCACUGUCACUGUUCAUGUAAAAUCGAGUGCAUCCAGAUCACAUCAGCAAAAAAAACUUUAUAGACUAAAGAGACCUGCUUUUAAAGACCAUCAAGAAAAUUGUGAAAAAGGGGUCCCUAGUCAGAAAUAUAAAUGUCCAAAGGGACCAUGUCUAGUUAUUCAGCGUCAGGAAAUGACAGCUUUCUUUAAAUUAUUUGAUGAUGAUCUAAUCCAAGACUUCCUUUGGAUGGACUGCUGCUGUAAAAUUGCAGACAAGUAUCUCUUGGCAAUGACUUUCGUUUAUUUCAAGAGGGCUAACUUCACAACAAGUGAGCAUACCAGAAUUAACUUCUUUGUUGCUCUGUAUCUGGCAAACACAGUUGAAGAAGACCACGAAGAAGCAAAGUAUGACAUUUUCCCAUGGGCUUUGGGAAAAGCCUGGAGAAAGCUCUUCCCCGAUUUCUUAAGGUUGAGAGAUCAACUAUGGAGUAGAAUUGACUACAGGGCUAUUGUGAGCAGACGCUGCUGUGAAGAGGUGAUGGCUAUUGCUCCAACACAUUACAUAUGGCAGCGAGAACGUUCUAUGCACCACAGUGGAGCCAUGAGGAGUCACUGUGACGAAGUACAGCUGCCCCGAGGACCCAGCGCUACCCCUACAGACUGCCUGCUGUGCGGCAAGAAAGGGAGAUUUGUGCGACUGGGAUUAUCAUCUUCCUCCUCAUCUACCGACACUUUGGAGAUGAUGGAAUUACAUUCAUCCCAGAACUCAAAGGACACCCUUCUGACUGAAAAAAUGCUUGUUGACUCUCCUGCUUAUGCCCAAGACUGUCAGAGACUGUCCAGCAAAAGGCAACCAUGUAGCACCUUGAACCAAGAUAAAUCCAUGGAUUGGUUUAUAAGCAAUGAAGAAUGAAAUACACCCGAUGAGACAGAAACAGAUGCUGUGAUUUGCAGAACAAUCUGUGCUGCAUCACAGAUGCACCAGACCUGAUGAUUCCCUUAAAACUUUUCCCUUUAAAUAGUAGGUGGGGUUUCAAACUUCACACCAAGUAGAAAUCAAAGCAGUCAUUACUUAAAAGUUACACAACUUGCAAAAUGUAGCAGCUACUUUGCAAUGUUUUAUUUUAUUCUGAUACAAUAUUCAAAUUAGCAGCUAACGCAGCAGCAGCAUCAAGAAAGCAGUGGCCGAAACUUUCUCAGCUUGGUAAGGAAUGCUAAUCAAAAAACAAAAGAAGUUACUACUUCAGUAUUUCAGUAUGCAAUGAUUAUUUUAUUAUUAUAAGUUUUAUGAUUUCAUGACAUAGUAACAUGCCAAAUGCUAGUGCAAAAAAAAAAAAAAAAAGUAGUACUUUCUGGAAAUAAAAUAUCACUACA